AAGUGGUUAUGCUAACAUUUCAUUAGAUUAGGUUUAAAUUGGUGUUUAAACCCAAGAAACGUCGAUAUUUGGGAUUUACUGCCGGUAUGCCGCUCAGUUAUUGGAAACAUGAAGUCUUUAACCAACGUUUACCAAAUGAAAUCAUUAACAAAGAAAUACCGGAUUCUUCUUGCAUUUAUAAUCUUAGCAUCAGAACACUUUGUUCAAUCAGAAGAUCACCUUACUGAGGAAAACAAUGAACUUGAUGUUGUUACUGUAAGGAAAGGCGAUGAUGCCGUUCUUGGUUGUGAAGUUACUCAGUCUGGAGAAGACGGUCAACCACCUCCUUACGUUAUUGAAUGGUUUCGCGACAAAGUUCCUGUUUUUAUUAAAGUUGGAAAACAUCCUCCACAUAUCAAUGACCAGUUUGAAGCGCUGGAGUCGUUUUAUCAAUCGGUAUAUGAGCAUUUCCAGCUCAAAUCAGAUCGAGUAACUAUAGCUGGAGAUGAACUGACAAAUGCAUCUUUAAAAAUCGAAAACGUCACGUUAGAGGAUGCUGGAUGGUACCAAUGUCAAGUGUUAUUUCUCAAAGACAGAUUUGAAAAAUCAACCAACGGAACGUGGGUGAAGCUUGAAGUAACUGAUCCACCUUCGUUUAUUGAGACUCCACCACCAACAAAGAUUUCUCGGCAAGGCGAUUCGCUUCUGUUAAAAUGUCGUGCGACCGGUCGACCAAAACCGUUUAUAUCCUGGAGAAAAGAUGGACGACUUGUUACAGAUGGCCAAGACGGGAUUCGAUUAAGUGGAGGUGACCUUGCAGUGACGUCAUUGACUACGUCACACAGGGGAAGAUUUACUUGUCGUGCCCAAAGCGUCGAGGGACAGAUACAGUUUGCUACCACUGUAAAAGUUGAAGCGCCACCUCAAUUUGAGAAAACACCGUCAGAUUUGACGACAGAAGAAGGCAAGGAUGCAAUGUUCGACUGCAGUGCGACUGGAUAUCCAAGCGUUAUGAAGUAUAGUUGGACAUUCAAUGGAGUACCGGUACAAAGAUCUGAAACUCUGCGUGGUCGUUCCAGCAUACUGCCAGAUGGAUCUCUGAUUAUUUAUAACAUAAGUACAAAAGAUAAAGGAAACGUUACUUGUACGGUUGACAAUGAUUUUGGAGUCACGCCUACUGCAACGGCGUCGCUUUUUGUACAAUUUCAAGCUAGGGUGACAAACAUGCCUGCUAUCGUGUAUGCUGGACUAGGAUUAAAAGCGAUUCUGCACUGCCCUUCUGAAGCUGAACCUCCAGUUAAUAAAGUCAUUUGGAAAAAAGAUGCGUACAGGAUUUCCCCUCAGCAGGACCCACGAAUAUCCAUGGACGGUGACGGCACUCUAACCAUCGAUUCAGCCAGUCUACAUGACGCAGGUCGUUACACUUGCACCCCUUACAACAUUCGGGGUACGCUGGGUGAAAGCACUGGAACUGUACUAAGGAUACGCGACCCGCCUUACUUCACUUAUACACCAAGAUCCACUUAUGAAGCUGAAAUCGGAAAAACUAUAACGAUACCAUGCAAAGGAGGAGGCGAUCCACCUCCAGCUGUGUCAUGGCGAAAGGUCUUACGAGAAGGUGACAGCGUUCAUUACAAAGUCGAUUUUGGAACUUUAACCAUCAAACCAGUAACGAAGGCUAUACACGGUACAUGGCAAUGUGUCCUCACAAACUCUGUUGCAGAAGUCAAACAAAACGUAGAAAUUCGUGUCAAAUAUACAAGUCCACAUAAAGUACAAAACGUAACAGUGCGAGCAGUAAGCGACUCAUCAGUCAAAGUAUCAUGGAUUCCCGGAUAUAAUGGAGGACACCCACAAAGAUUCAUGGUUUGGUAUAAACCGAUUGAGAAUCUUGAUCCAUCGUGGCAAACGUACCAUGUCGGAGGGAAUCGUAAUGUUGCGGUAUUGGAAAAUUUAUUGCCGAAUACUGUGUAUGAAAUCGCUGUACUACCAGAAAAUAAAAUCAGGAGUGGACCAUUCAGUGAUACUGUAACUAUCAAGACUAAAGAUAUAGUACUUCCAGCUAACAGCAACACAGUUUUAUUAUCACCGCCUACAUCUCUAUUUGCCAGUACAACCAACGAUGAUUUGGUUCAGCUAUCCUGGAGAAAACCAACGAUAUACCGACAGAAAGACAAGCGAGAAGCAUCUCACACAUCAGUAUGGUUUUUAUUAGAAUACAGAUGGACCGGAGUUGACAAUGGCAAAGUGGAACAAAAUCUUUCAAAAAGUAAUAGUGACGUCACAGUCAAUGACGUCACCUCUCGAAAAAAGCGAUCUAUAACUUCAACAAAAAUACCGCCUAAAAACAAAUGGGAAUCGUUGACUAUGACCUACGAUAACAUUACGAGGGUGGUUUUAAAGCCGAAUCAACUGUAUAGGGAUAUUUUAUACGAUUUUCGUAUUUUGACGGUUCAAGGAGAUGUGUACAGUCCACCAAGCAGUCCAGUGUCCAUCUCUACAAAAGGUUUGAACGCCUAUCCUUGCUACACUGGUAUUAUACAAACGGCUGCUUUCAUUGCACAUCCUAUACUUUUUGGUGUGUUGGCUGCGAUUAUACUGGUCAUCUUAUUCAUUGUUAUAGCUAUAAUAUGGUUUUGUAAAAGACGAAGAAACAGAAAGAAGAAACCCAAAUCUGGAGAGGAAAGUACUUCACAAGAAAAUACCUCAAACCAUAUAAGUCAUACCAAGCCAACCAUGAAUGGUAGGCCUGGUAAUACCAAUCACCAACCAACCGUAGUCGAUCUGACGAACAACGGAAUGUAUGGUAAUACUGGAAAUCGGAACGAAUUCGAAUCAACCAGUACUGAUGAUGACGUUAAGACACCGUUUAUAAACGAAAUCGACGAAGAGUCUGAGAAAAUAUUUUCUGACUUCAUUCAAAGACAACGACAAAAUGAUAUUGAGUCGAGGACAGAAACAAGAUCUUCCGGAAGGUCAUCUGUACGAAUACGCAGAGAAACUGCUGCUCGAGUAUUAUUAGCUCAAUAUAAAAGAAGAUCAUUCACAGACUAUAUGCACCACAGAGUACAUAGAGAGUUACCACUCCGAGGUGGAACCCGUUCUGCGUCAACUUCUCCAGAACGAAACAAUGUAAUCACAAGACCAGACAAUCUCAAUAUUACAGCACCGGCUGAUAUAGAUGGUCCACAAACGUCAAGGAAACGAUUUCGUUUAUACAGUCGACCCAUUGACGACGGCCCUGGGUCAACGCAACAAAGACGAAUGAUUGUGAUAAAGCGCAAAAGUCAAAAAAGUUCGAGUUCUGAGCAAUUGAGAACUGUAUCGAACGGGGCUCCACCUAGCGAUAGCUCUGAGAGUCCUGUUUUUGGGGUGGUUGGGACAAUUAAACACAGGUCCUCUGACAGUCUGGACCGGACAGGACCUAAAACAUCCAGUCCUAUUCGGCGUCAGUGGAAUUCGUCAUAUCGGCAACGAUCUUUUAACAGAUCUCAAUUUGAAAAUAAUGACGAAUAUACUAGUUGUGACGUCAUGAAUAACAAUAACAAAACAGAUGACGUAAUAAACCGGGGAGGGGAUCGUCCAAUUUGGACAUCGCCAACGUCAGACCCAAUAUAUGCAUCAUCCCCAAACGAUAGCCAAUCGCCCGACGUGUCCCCCAAUCGAGUGAUAGCUCGUAAAAAUGUCCAAUAUGACCCCCUUACGGACCCAAUUUCACCUGUUUCGUAUUCUGGGUCACCUACUCGUCACCACGAUAUAAGGAGUUUUGACGACAGACAAAAGUCGAAAUCUCUUACACACGAACAGGCCCGAAUGCUGAAUCCUGCUCGUAAUAGGAGCGAAAGCGCUAGGCAUCAUGUACACCCGCAUAGAAAAAUAGCGAGACCCCCGUUCGAAGGCAUCCAUCAUAACUAUCAACACCCAGGUCCAAAUCAAUACCCUCAAUAUGGACCUAGUAGGACUCGAUAUUCACUGUCACCACACCCCCAAACUCUUCAUAGUGGGAUUCAACACCACCCUGGGCAUUACAAUCCACUUCCACCUUCAAAUGCCUUAUCACGAUCAAGAGCAAGUUAUACUUAUGGACAUCAUCAACCACUAUCAUUGUUUUCGCCAACUCAAGGUUUUGAUCAACCACAUCCUCAAAUACAUACUCAUACUCCACACUCAACGCAUCCUAUUUCUCCUCAACCAGAUGCUGAUCGGCAUCAGCCUCAAUCUACAUGCGAAAUCGACUGCAGCAACAGCGACAUUGAAGUACGCUUUGUAAAAGACCCAAACGGCAAUGAAUGCAUUCCUGUGACGUCAGUGAGUAGUGGUGAGCUGAUGAGUCCUUCCACGCGUCUCAAAUCUCCUCCGACGGUUGCAACAAACGCGGGAAGCACUACGACCCCAUCUAGUGGAAAUUCUGCGCUUGAUCUCCGCUAUAAUUUACGAAAUAUGUCAACGUGUGACAGUGCCAAGGGAGGACUAACGACGAGAAAAUUGUCACCAACAAGAAAAACGAAUACUGCCGUAAGCCAGGAUCAAGAACAUCGAACAUUUACACCGAGGCAUCAGCCCCAUACCGUAACGAAACCCAGGCCCAGGCACCUUUUAUCACCCACGGGGACGAAGUCCGGUUCCCCGUUCCGGCACGUGAAAUUAAGAUCUGAUGGCGAUUCAGAUCCUCCUACCUCUCCACCUUUAGCACUGGGAAGUAGCGACUAUGGAAGUCAAGACACAAGCAAUUCAUCCACGUCGCCUAUCGCUCACAGUAACACAAACAACCAUAACGCCACUUCACCAUUGCAUUUACGUUUCCCCGGACUUGCUAACGAAAGGCCACCAAGACGAGAUAAUUCAUCUGUCGAAGAUAAUUACGAAUGGGAUUCAGAAAUAGCGAUGGAAAGCGAAAUCUUAGAAGCUCUCAGACAUUUUGGAACUCUCAAGAAAUCAGGACCAGUGUCAGAUGAACUCUUGGACGAAUUAAACAAAAUAACGAAAGACAGAAGCAAUAUACCCCACCAACGUCAACGAGCUCAUUCAGCCGACAUAUUGGAAAAUACAACGAGAGAAGAGAGUUUACAUGAGGUUCAACAACCACCUACAGCUGGACCGAGUUAUUCUAAAGAAAGCAUGGCCCGCAGAUGCGCCGCUCUUCGAGCUGAAUUUCUUCAUUACCAACAACUUCAACAACUUGAUGAAGACGGUUGACGUCAUAAAGUAUCGAAGAUGAUGUUUUGAAUCGAGAAAUCCGCGAGAUUAUUCACCGAACGUCUAUUUACAAUUGAAAUCGAUGCUAUAUUUUAUAUUGCACAAUACCAAACAUGAGUAUAGAAAACAAUAACAUAAAAACAUGUUUUACCUAUGUUCGAUUACCUUAUAUUCGAUCUAACAUAAACUAGCUGUCACUUAUAUGUUAGAAAAAAUUUAUUUUUCCAUACUAAAUAAAUUAUAUUAUGAAUAAGAAUAAAAAAAUUUUCGGCGCAUUACAGUAUAAAGGUCACUCCAUGACCAAAGUAUUGUACAACGCAACUUGUCCGUUUGAUUUUUUCUAUUCCCAUUUUUUUUCGUUAUUUUUAAGUUUUGAAAAAAUAAGUUCCGCAUUUUACUAUUCCUUUCCAUCGGUUUUAUUUAUUAAUGCAUAAUCGAAUCAUUGAUUCAUGAUUGACCCAAGUGUGAAUGGCAGAUACCAGCAAGUCAGUAUUUAGAAAUUAGUUAAUUAUCGUGGGAUUUUAAUUAGUUUCAGAGGGAAAAACAAGCUUUGAAGAAUUAUAAUCAUAUGACCAUUCAUGUUUUUUUUCAUAAAUUCAAUGACCUGUUUAUUUCAAAAAUUCCAAUAUUCGUCUGAGUUUAUAAUAAUUUUUAAAGUGUACGCAAUGCAGAAUAAAAUCCGAUUGAAACAACUACCAUAAAUGUACUGUGGUUCGGUAUAAUCCCCAUGACCAUCUAUGAAUCAGACUUGGACGGUAAUUGAUAUGGCGAUUUUACAGAAUAUAUACACUUUGGGUCAACCGUGAAUCAAUGAUAUUUUUCUUGAUCAGUUUCUUACGUUACUUUCUUUCUUGUUUUGUUACGUUAUUAACAUAUUUUUGUUUGUUUAUGUUAUAAUUGAUUUUCUUUCACUCGUAUGAAUAAAUGCUAAAUAAUACCAAUUGAGUGCAAAUACAGUAUUCUACUCAUAUACACAUUUGAACCGCGACGAAAUUUCGUCACAUGAUAGACUUCGUGACGUCAUAAGUCACGUGCUAAAAGAGUUUCUGAAGCAAAAUUCAAACCACUACUCUUCACUACUUUUUGAAUGAAUUCGACAGUUUUCUUACUAUACGCAUACGUUGGCUAGGCAACAUAUUUGACACAUCUUACAUUGUUGCACAAGCUACACCAUAUUACCUACUUUCUUAGUCUUUAAUUCCGUCCUCAAAUUACCAACGUGUUAUUGUAAUAUGAUGGUUAUAGGUGUGCCAAAUAUAUUUGCCCUAUUUUCACUGUUCAUUAGAGAUUAUGUUGUCAUAAACGAAAAUUGUGUUAUUAAGUUGCUUCUCGUUCUAUUUUUGUUUUUCUUUUCAACUGAACAAAUAAGUUACUUCAUGUUUAAAUUUCUUGGUUUUACUUUCAAAUAAAUAUUAAAUGAAAUUAUU